AAUAAACUCCUGCAUUUAAAACUCUUGUACGUAUCACACUUGUACUACCCCUUGUUUCUUGCCUCAUUUAAAGUUAAGAAAAUCUCCAAGAAAGUGCCUACUUAUUUCCAUGGAGAAGGUUGCAGGCCGUGGGAGCAGUUCUAGAUGGCCUCUUUCUGGAUUUACCGCUCUUGUUACUGGUGGCACACGUGGAAUUGGGUAUGCGGUUGUGGAGGAAUUAGCGGAACUGGGUGCGACUGUGUACACUUGUUCAAGGAAUGAAGCAGAGCUCAACGAACGCUUGCAAGAGUGGGCCGCUAAAGGCUUUCAAGUGAAAGGUUCAGUUUGUGAUGCAUCUUCUAGGGAACAGAGUAUUCAACUCAUGGAAAAUGUUUCGUCAGCUUUUGACGGAAAGCUCAACAUUCUUAUAAACAACGUGGGGACUAACAUUAGGAAGCCCACCACGGAUUAUACUGCUGAAGAAUAUGCGCGUCUGCUUACUACCAACUUAGAAUCUGCAUUCCAUCUGUGCCAACUUGGUCACCCUCUUUUGAAAGCAUCUGGAAAUGGAUAUGUUGUCUUUAUCUCUUCUGUUUCUGGUCUGGUGCACGUGGGGUCUGCUGGUUCUAUCUAUGGAGCAACAAAAGGGGCAAUGAAUCAGCUCACGUGAAAAUUGGCUUGUGAAUAAGCAAAAGAUAACAUUCGGCUUAAUGGCGUUGCCCCAUGGUAUAUAAGGACGUCUUUGGUAGAACAUGUGCUCGAAAAUAAAACAUAUUUGGAUGGAAUAAUAUCUAGAACUCCCCUUAGACGUCCUGGAGAAUCUCAAGAAGUUUCAUCGCUGGUAGCUUAUCUAUGUCUACUUGGGGCAUCUUACAUUACCGGGCAAGUUAUAGCAAUUGAUGGAGGAUUCACAGUCAAUGGGUUCGAAGUGAAAAUCGGAUCUAGGAUGUGAAGUUUAUGGUUUCCUACAAUAAUCUCAAAUUAAUACAUAUACAGGGUAUGAGCAAAAGCUAUUGGGUCAUGAGAACCGUUAUAUAAUGCUUUGGAUCUGCUUCUGCUUCUGAUCUUUGUUCUCAUCUAGAGAUGGUAGCCAAGUUUAUGCCUUGCAUCUCUUUUAUGUCCAGAUACUCAUCUUCUUUGUUUUUUAGUGAUUAAGUUGAGACCAACAUUAAAAGAUUUAUCCAAUAUCUUCCUUAAUCCUAGCUUAUCGGAUCAUAAGAUGGCAUUCCCUCAUUAAAUCACCCCACAUGCAUUAUUUACCAAGUAUAAAAUCUAGUUUGCUAUCUUUUUCUUUGUUUUUUUUUUUUUCCUCUGAGAACAACAUUUUCUGUAGUUGAUUAUGUUGGGCAUCAUUUUAACUGUUUUUCAGCUAUGAAUGUUCCUUGCAAUCACUUAUGUUGAAGUGCAAUUUUGUAUUUUCUUUAAACUGUAGGGUGAGAACUUAAAUUUAUGCGUUUUCACAAUUAUAGAAAGUAACUUUCUAACAACACCAUUUAAUGUAAAUGAGUCAUCUUUUGCACCACUUCAAGAAAGAAUUCGUUUCAUUGCUAUAUAUAUGGUCUAUUUGGUCAGGCAAUUAGUCCAUUUGGUAGAGUUCCACAAUUGGCAGCUCCUUUUUAUGUUGAUUUCGUAGUGGAUUCAGAUGAUUCUGGUUUUAUGAAUAUCUCAGUUGUCCCUCUGCGUGAUUAGCCUUCUCAAAAAGCUUUUCUGAAUGGGCAAAUCAGUUCCAGAAGGAAAUGGACAAACCAAGACCAAUUGGUAAAGAAGUACACAGACCGGGACUACUGUAAGAACUACAAUUGGUAGCACUACUUCUGUGAACCUUGGGGUAAAAGAUGCUGCCAA